AUUGGAAAUCCUUUUCUGGGCGGAAGCGGACAAUAUUAUUAUUAAGAAAUAAAUAUGAAGUAUGUUUAUGCAUAACUUUGCAAAAUCCUUAAAAAGAAACUAUAUAUUAAGAUUCAAAAUGAUAAUGACUAGGGCCACGACUUUGGAAAUCAGUCUAUGACUCACAAGACAAGACAUCGACGAUGGCAACCAAAGUUGGAAGGAAGACAAAUGGUGGAAAUUUGGGCCACACCCACAGAAGACGGCAAUGACCUUCCACUAUCCCUAUUAAAAUCGAUGUAGAAAAUGAGAUUGACUUAGUCUCCCCAUGAUCAUGCAACCCAAAUAAACUCACUUCCCAUUUCACCCUUGAAUGCUCUUUAUCUUAUUCCCCUACCCCUCAGACCAUGCUUCACCUCCCAAUCCAUCCCACCAUGAAUGCCUCCCAUGCUGGUAGCAUCAUGGAUUUUGGCUUCCUGGCCAACAGGAAAACCCGAAACCAUGGGAGUUUUGGCAGUGAAAUUGAGUUUCAACCUCAAAUCUGUGUUGAAGAUGGUGUUGGGGCCAGCUCACCGCCCUUAUGGAACAGGAAGAAUAUGUCAGAAAGUACUCGGAAUGAAACCUCACAUCUGCUGCCUCAUGAUCACUGUUUCAGUCAUCUGUCACGGGCAUCACAACUAGAGAGGAUUGCGGAUGGCAGGAGAGAGCUUAUGGAGAUGGUUAAAAACAUGUCUGAAUCUACUUAUGAACUCUCCCUCAAAGAUAUUGUCGAUGAGCAGCACACUUCACAGGAAGAUGAAGAAGAAGGUUCAGUUGAAGACAGAAGUACGAGUUUCAACUCUGAAAUUGAACUCUUGCAGCAGAGGAGCAAGACAAAGAGGAAAAACAUUAAGUCGCCUUGGAUAACAAGGAGUGCAAGCAUGGAAAAAGAGGUUUUUCUUCUCAAGAUGUUCUUCCCAACUUCUCUAGGAAUGAAAAGGAAACCAGCAGUGGGAAACGGUUCAAAGGUUUCUCAGAAGUCAUUGUGUGACAAUCCUGAAGAUAAUGUGGACAAGGAGUGGUGGAAGAAAAGAUUCCUAGGUGCAGGUCAAAGCAAAAACAGUGGAAAGAAUAGCAUCUGGGGAAGCAGUGGUAGCAGCAGCAGAAGCAACAGCAACCAAAGCAGGCAAACUAACGGCGUAGUCUUACCUGGUUGCUGGCCCUUUUUCCACCCCAAGAAAGCGAGACCAGAGGACUGAGAGGAUUACUCUCAUGAUAGAAAUACAAUAUGAAGGUUCUAGCAAAUGUAUUCUAAUAUUGAUAGAGCAUACUCAGAGACAUGGAAAAAAGAAGUCAUUGCAUUAGAAAUCAGCAAAGUAAUUCUUCUAGA